AUGAGUCAACAAUACCGCAACCCGUUACGCAAUCCCGUGCAUUAUACGACACCACAGUUGCGGGUAGGGCCACCCGCUACAUAUUCGGCGGCUCAGCGCAUGCUUAAAGGAUAUGACUACGUCAUCGUCAGGGCUGGUGCGGCUGGCUCUGUGCUCGCCAGCAAGCUGUCCGAGGACCCGAAGGAAACGGUUCUCCUGCUAGAAGCUGGCGGCGACAAUGUGAACAUUGAUGAGAUCAAGGUACCGUUGAACCGGGCCUUGCCUUUCGACGGUCGUAUUGGCCUCCGCGGUCGCAUGAUCGGUGGCUGUUCGUCGAUGAACUCGAUGAAUCAUUGCUCAAAGACAUAUUUCGAUGAAUGGGCAUCGGUCCAUGGGUGCCACGGGUGGAGCUAUGACGACCUGGAGCCCUACUUCUGGCGCAUGGAGCGCUUCACUCCCACGGGUGACUGGCAAACAGGUUAUUCGUGGUUGACAGAGAGCGUCGAGAAGGGGUUUCUGCAUGCCUGUGAGAAUGUUGGAAUUCCACAAGUUCCAGAUAUCAAUACACCCACGCUCUCGUCUUUAGCCACAGCAUACUUGCCGCCGGAAGUUCGGAAACGACCAAAUCUGUUCGUCGCCUGCCAUGUGCAUGUAACAAAGCUUCUGAUUGACUGUUUGAGUAAUGACGACCCGACCGUGUUUGGUGUGGAAUUCCAGACCCAUCGGGGGACUUUCCAGUGUGGUGGAGCGAUUAACACGCCGCGGUUACUUCUUUUGAGUGGUAUUGGCCCUGAAGAAGAGCUAAGUAAGCAUAGAAUUCCUAUCGUCCGUGCUAACGACGCCGUUGGAAAGAACCUCAAAGACCAUUUGGCGACAACAACCAUAAUGUGCAAGGCAAAGCCAGGGGCUCGUCUCGAUUAUCUAGAUAGCACCCUCAAAGCAAUGCCAUCAAUCGCACGAUACAAGCUUUUCGGGGGUGGCCCUCUGAGCAGUAAUGCGGGCGAAGCAGCGACGUUCUUCCGAUCUAUUGGCCCGGAUGUAGAGAGUAUUGGCAGUCCGCUGGCAUAUAUCCACCAUGGUGAGGAGGCUGCUCCAGAGGGAGUCGGCAUGUUUAGCCUCGUUCUGAUCAGUCUACGCCCGCAACGCAAGGGCAUCAUCACCCUGAAUAGUAGGGAUGCUUUUGAUCAUCCAACGAUUGAUCCGAAAUAUUUCAGUGAUGCAGAGGACAAUGAUCGAACGUUUCUCUUAGUGGCUUUGCGCGUUUCUCUCCGAAUCAUGCGGAGCUCAGCCCUUCAGCAGUAUCUCAAGCCCGUGCCAGUUAAUGACGACCCAUGGUCGUACUGGUGGCCGUACUCCGGCAGUGACAUUGAUCGCAUUCCAGAUGAACGGCUUCUUCGCUGGAUGGAGGCAAAGGCUCUUACCCUGUACCAUCCGGUUGGUACUGCGCGUAUGGAUCCGUCACCCGACACCAGUGUGGGGCUGCAGGUGAUAGAUGCUAGUGUGUUUCUGGAGUAG